AUCUCCUACACUGGAUGUGCUACACAGCUCUUUUUCUUUCUGUUCUUCAUUGGAGCAGAGUAUUUCCUCCUGACCAUCAUGUGCUACGACCGCUACGUGUCCAUCUGCAAACCCCUGCACUAUGGGACCCUCCUGGGCAGCAGAGCUUGUGCCCACAUGGCAGCAGCUGCCUGGGCCAGUGGCUUUCUCUAUUCACUGCUGCACACGGCCAAUACAUUUUCCCUGCCCCUGUGCCAUGGCAAUGCCCUGGGCCAGUUCUUCUGUGAAAUCCCACAGAUCCUCAAGCUCUCCUGCUCACACUCAAACCUCAGGGAACUGGGACUUCUUGCUGUUGGUGUCUGUUUAAGUUUUGGCUGUUUUGUGUUCAUGGUUUUCUCCUAUGUGCAGAUCUUCAGGGCCGUGCUGAGGAUUCCAUCUGAGCAGGGACAGCACAAAGCCUUUUCCACCUGCCUCCCUCACCUGGCUGUGGUCUCCCUGUUCAUCAGCACAGCCACAUUUGCCUACCUGAAGCCCCCCUCCAUCUCCUCCCCAUCCCUGGAUGUGGCCCUCUCAGUUCUGUACUCAGUGGUGCCUCCAGUCCUGAACCCUCUCAUCUACAGCCUGAGGAACAAGGAGCUCAAGCGGAGGAGUUGUUCUGUCCAGCCCCUUCGGCCCCCCCACCGCUUCCACCAGCCGCCCCGCCGCCUCAAGCCGAGACGGUCCCUGUUCCAGAUGGUACUGGAGACGGCGCCGAACACGCGGGACCCUCGGAGCAGUCUGUGGCUGCUCCUACACCCAGCGUGA